AUGACUCUGACAGAUUUAGCACUGGUAACUACUGUGGCGAUGAGACACUACUGGAUGCAACAAGCUCGAAAUGAACCAGAAGUUUCUGAUACAUUGGCUGAAGAUGUAAUCCCAGACCACCUUAGCAGUGAUGGUGGCUCAUCAGAAGAAGAUGAAGAUGGUGACCAAUUCCAAAGAAGGUACAAAGAUUUUUGUAUGGAGAAGUUCAAAAUUGAUACCAGAUUUGAGUUGGGUAUGAAAUUUGGUUCAAGAGCCCAGUUUAAGGCAGCUGUUCAAGAAUAUGGUAUCAAGAUGGGGAAACCAGUAUACACCAAGAGGAAUGAGAGUAACCAGUAUAAAAGGGUGAGAGCCAAGUGCAAGGCCCCAUGCCAAUGGUUUGUGUUUGCCUCAAUUGAAAAAGCACUUGGGAGUACUGAUUUGGUAGUUAAAAGCAUGAAUGACAAGCAUGAAAAUUGCAAUCACGCCUGGAAAAAUAAAAACCUGAAGUCUAAGUGGUUGUCUGACAGAUGGAUAGCAGCCAAAUCAAGGAAAUUGGCACUUGAAAUGAUAAAGGGAUCAGCUGAACAACAGUAUAAGAGAAUUUGGGAAUAUUGUGCUGAGAUAAAAAAGACACAUGAAGGCAGCACAAUGGAGGAUAAUUUGAGACCAUUGAUAGCAUUGGAUGGGUGCCAUUUGAAAGGGACUUAUAGAGGGCAGUUAUUGACUGCCAUUGCAGUUGACCCUAAUAAUGGGUGGUGGCCCAUUGCCUGGACAGUUGUAGAGAGAGAAGCUACGGAGCAGUGGGCAUGGUUCUUGAAAUACCUCAAUGAUGAUUUGGAAAUUGAAAAUCAAUUUCAUUAUACCUUUAUUUCUGACCAACAAAAGGGGUUGGAUAGAGCAUUAGCUGAAGUUCUUUCAAAUUGUGAGCAUAGGUAUUGUGUCCAACACAUGUAUCGAAACUUCAAGAAGAAACAUCCAGGUUUGCCUCUUAAGGAUAGGCUGUGGAACAUUGCCAACAGCACAAUAAAGGAACUCUACAAUAAAGCAAUGAAAGAACUCAAAGAUUUUGAUAACGAGGCAUAUCAGUGGGUAAAAAAAUGCUCCAGCUCCUUGGCAUUGGUGCAAGGCCUUCUUUCCGACUCACACAAAGAGUGA